AUGAAGUACGUUACACCCUUCUCAUCUCAUGCAAUGUCGCAUUCUAUGCCAAAGACAGCAUCUAUCCCGCCAUUGCUAGUGGCUCCAGUGGAUACUCAAAAACAUACAGCUAUCGAGUGGCUCGAUGUUAUCGAACUUCACAGUCACCACAUAACGGCAACAGUUGUACGCCUCUGUUUUCGACUUUAUGUGUACAUAUUUGGCUUUAUCGCUGGGCACGCGGUAUCUCGGGAUGUCCACGAUUGUCAUUACGACUUUCCCUCGUACUUAAUCCGCGCACAAUUUUUAGUCUCCCUGUUUCAAGAGGAUUUCACGAAAACGACGACUGGACUCGGACUUGCCACGUGGAUGAAGGCUUUUGGUAGUGGGUCAAGAUCUACGUCCGUAAACCAUCAGCAUAUCGUGAGCAGCAAUAGACGUUCGGCCAGCGUAGAUGCGACCCUCAAUACACUCACAAAUGAUUUCUCUGCUCCACACUGCAUCAAUUCCACCACCAGCAUAAGCACUGGACAGUUGAUAGAAAUGAGAGCGGAAGUUUCCCUAACCCAAUGGAACCAAGGAGGAGAGAAGGUUUUCCACAACAUUCAUAUUCUGCAUUCCUUCACUGAGAUUACAAAUUUCUCGAGACCCGAAUGCUCAGGUCGACGCAUGGAGAAGACCCUGCAAAGAAUCAGAGAACUCGCAUUAGGACCGAGCGGUGGGGACGAGGUGCAGCUGCAGCAAUACUCGGGUUUGCAAGUAAUCAUCGGCUUUGCAAUCUACCCUAGUAUCGCCGUCACUUCCGCGGCUAAGAUGGCCCAUGAUCGCGAAUAUCUAUUUCGUAACUAUGAUCAUCCGCACCAAUCGCCCUCCUGUGCAUCAGAAGACAAUCAGUUACAUAAAGGAAACUGCGUCCUUGUCGAAUUCGCCUAUGCGCCGAGUUCAAAAGGAUAUCAGAGAAAUUUGUAUCCAUUUCAUCAUCCUGAGACCGCUUCAGAGCCAGACAAAGUCUUCGAAUAUGAACUAGCAAAGCCGCCCAGGGUGAUACAGAUCAAGACGGCUAUGUAUAUAACCAUACUUUCCGGACUUCUCUAUAAUACUUCCUCGAUUUAUCUAUUGUUUCUCCACGGGCCCGGCUCUUUUAAACUUUCCCCAGCCUCGUGGACAGCACCUUUUCCCUACCAUGAAUCUACAGAGACGAAGGCUGUUAGACUUAACUGCCUCAUAGAGCGUGCUAGGUCAAUGGGCGAAUCGUUCAACCAAUUUGCACUGGAGAUAGACGGAUCAACUCUCAACGGCACCAAGCUUUAUAUGAUGCUUGACGUCUGGAGAAUUGCAAUACCGGAAGAGCAGCUAGAUGCAACUUCAUUACCAAACCCAUCGCCCACGGAAAACAGCGCUAUAUCCGCUUUCUCUCUCACCACUUCAUCUAUGGGUCAUCAAACUUCUCCGCCAGGUUCCACACCCUCAACCUCCAGCUUUCUCCCUACUCUGAACCUUGCCACCUUUAUCUUCGCUUUCGAAGAGCUCGAAAAGAGCACCUUGGAAGGCAUCAUGCCAGGCUUUCUGUUUGUACACAACCCGUUCAAACCAUUCACUGAGCAGAUUUCUCCACACAUGGUAUAA